AUGUUCAGGAUCCACCUCAAGAUGGGUCCCCAACGCAACCAGCUCCACAGCAACAACAACAAUGGUACCGCCGGAAGUAGCAGCAGCACCGGAAACCGUCACCUGAAGGAGUUCACCUGCUGCUUCGGCCUGCAUGUCCACACGGCCACCUUGAUGAUCGGAUUGUGGCACCUGUUCUUGAACAUCUUGGCGCUAAGCGUUCUAGCGGUCAUAUGGCGCAAUCCGGAGAUGAUGGACGAACUGGAAGGCGGCACCCACGACUACACCGUGGAUCUAAGUGCACCGGCCCUACCCACGCCCCUUAGCAAGGUCGAACCGCCCUACGCCUACCGUGACCACUCCCUCAACUAUCGUAAGCGUUACCAGAACUUCGAUAUGGGCGGACUGGUAUGCACCUGCAUGAUAGCCAUCACGCUGAUGAUGAUCUACGGAACAAUCAAGGGAAAACCCUCCCACCUGUUGCCGUUCUUCUGUCUGCAGUUGUUUGAUUUCGCCAUUACAACUCUUACCGCCGCUGGAUAUCUGUGCUACCUGCAGGCCAUUCACAGCAUCAUUGCCGAGUCGCAUCGCUUGCCCUGGCGCGAGAAGCUGCUGGAACUACCGCCCGAGGAGCUUGUUGUUGUAGUCCUGGUCGUAUUCAUCUGUAUUGUGUUUCUAAAGGCCUAUUGCAUUGGUAUCGUUUGGCGCUGCUACAAGUACUUGACGCUCCGUCAGCAACACGUUCGCACCCUGUUCCCCUUCCUGGAGCCACCGACUGGAGUCCACAGUGUAGGCGGAACCUUUGGUGCCGAAGAGCGGUCUUACUCCACUCUGUUGCCCAAUUACGAUGAAGCGAUUGCCCAGUACUUGAAGCAGGCACCACCGCCAUCUUAUCAGGUGGCCAUGUCAAACUACGAAGAAGGAGAAGACGCAGCUGCUGGAGGUGCGGAGGUUAAUCCUUCGGUAGCCCCACUCUUCGUGGCCCUUGGAGCAGCCACUACCGCGAACGUAGCCUCCAACACGGAUGACAACAUGGAUAAUAACAAUGAUCAGCCGAACAACAACAACACUAUGCAUGUCAAUGCCAAUACGCCGCCAAUGCGCCGCAGCGAUGCAGCUGUAAACGCUAAUGUCGACGAGGAAGCUGACGAUUUGGAGGUUAUUGACGCUGGCGUUGAUGUAAUCGGUGGCAUUCCGCCUCCUCCGCCCUACAACGACGUUGCCGAUGCCCAGGUGCAAGUGCCAUCGCAGUCGCCGCUGCAUCGCCAGCCAAACAUCCCGGGACAAGUAUUCGGCGGACGCGACGAAAGCCAGGCUUAAGCUGUACUUUCGAUAAGAUUGCUUCUCAUGGCGAGUGGGUAGUGAUCAGCGGUGACCACCCCUCUCCCAUCCUCUUCUUGCCCAGAUGAUCUGGUUUCUGGUCCCUCAUCUCGCAGCUAUCAUUCCCAGGCACACAUACACGGUCUUAAUGGUUGCUUCAAUGUAUUGAACACUGUUUUUAGAAAAACGAAACGCAAACAAGUUUUCGCUAUUAGCCAUCGCUCAUUAUUGUUGUUUAACGUACAACUAAGACGCUCUAGUUGCUGCUUAUUUAGUAAACAAAAGCAUUAAAACCAAAAACAUAUUGUGAUGCUGGCAAGGAAAGCAUCAAUUCCUUUUCGGCCGCAUCUGACCCGGUCUUAGCUGCAACAAUCUGUUAGAACGUUUUUCAUUUGGCCCGAACUAGACUGAGAAGUUCGGA